UGGCGCUGGUCUCCAUCGUCAUCGUUGCUCUUCUCCGUCAAGUUGCAUUACACAACGUCCUCACGGUACACACACACACACACACACACACACACACAUCUUCUCCUCAACACAAGCACUUCAAAUCCCCAUUUCCCUUUAUCUUUUUUUGGACUUUUAUUUGCCUAACGAUAUCGACAAUCCCGUACCGGCUACGUGUCGAGGGUUUACCACGGCCACACGCUUGGGGCACCAUUGGGUAUCUAUCAAACCGAUUGUUUUCCGACCGAGUUUCACACGCUUUUCCUUGUGUCAACAUCAACAACCAUGGCGACUCGGUAUGAUGACCAGAUAUACGGAGUGUCACGCAGCCAUUCAGUCACGCAUCCCUCUUCAUCGCCACGAGGCCAUGCUCGCAGUCACAGCGUGAGAGUCAGCCACGGCUCCGCCAGCACGGAUACCAGUAUCUCUAGUGGAAGAAUGUCAGAGGCUACCAAUGUGACCCAGCCGCCGGCGUAUUCGAAAAAAUUUGUCGUCGUGGGAGAUGGUGGCUGCGGCAAGACGUGUUUGUUGAUCAGUUACUCGCAAGGGUACUUUCCAGAGAAAUAUGUUCCCACUGUCUUCGAGAACUACAUCACCCAAACAUACCAUCGACAAUCGGGCAAGAUGGUCGAACUCGCACUGUGGGAUACCGCCGGUCAAGAAGAAUACGAUCGACUUCGGCCACUAUCAUACCCAGAGACCGAUCUGCUUUUUGUCUGUUUCGCUAUCGACUGCCCUGCAUCGCUGGAGAAUGUAAUGGACAAGUGGUACCCGGAAGUUCUUCACUUCUGCCCCACCACGCCCAUCAUCCUUGUUGGGUUAAAAUCAGAUCUGCGCAAUAAGCGGACUUGCAUUGAACUCCUGAAAACGCAAGGAUUGACCCCGGUCACACCGGAGCAAGGUGCAGCGGUGGCCAAGCGCAUGGGCGCUUCUUAUAUCGAGUGCAGCAGCAAGGAGAUGCGUGGUGUGGACGAGGUAUUCGCACACGCAGUCAACAUUGCUGUCUCUAUUGAAGACGAUUCACAGGGAUGGGCCAGCAAUAGCACUAGCAAACGCCCGAAUGCGGGUGGAGGCAGUAGCGGGAACAAAAAUUCCUCCUCUUCCUCGUCUUCAGCAGGGGAAAGAGGAGGUCGAGCGACGAUGGGAGGGAAGAAGGUCAAGAAGCGUACCUGCAAAAUAUUGUAGACCCGUUCUUCCUCAGUUUGCUCUUUGGCCUAUUUCCAGUGUCUCUUGUGCCUCAAUUUCCUUUUUCUAAUGUUCCCUCGUUUCAUGCUUGUUCUCACAACUCAGCCGAACUAUAAGCCUGGUUGCUUUGACGGUUGGUUCGGCAGGUAGGUGUGGUUUUGUGUGGCUCGGUUUGGUUCUGUUUCCUUUCCUUGCCUCCCUUUUUUGUCCUCUUUCUGUACGCGACGUGACAUGCUAACGCGAGAUUGAUAUGAUACUUUCAUGGUUUAAUUUUUAUUUUGCUGUGUGAAUUUCCCCCUUUUCCUUUUCUUUCUAAAUGCCUAUCCUCUACAUACGUUCCUGAGUUAUAUGAUGUCAACCUGUCUGAUCGCGGCGGCUUUCUGUUUUCUUUUUGCUUUUUUUGUUUUAUCCCCUGUUAUAAGUUUUUUUCCCGUUUUCCAUUGCCCCCCCAUAUAUCCUGUUCGUCAAGAUGGCUUGCAUGGCAUGGGAUAGGUGUUUACUGGCGCCAGGGCGACGACGCCAUGCUGCUUAGCGACCUAACGUUGAGUUCAAAAGAGUGAUCCGUUGCAUUGUCCCUUGCUUUGUUGAAGUCGUAAGAUGGGUUAGUUGUAAAUAAGUGGAGACCGAAUGAAUUUGCAGACUCAGUCGAG